CUUCAACCUAAAACCUCUCUUCUCUCUCUAAUGCUUUGUUGACCUUCCCCGCCUCAAAACGCAGCGUUUCGUUUCGGACCUCUCCAAAUGGCGGUGGAGAUGAUGAGCUUUCCGAAGAUGGAAGACCAGAAGGCGAUCCAGGAGGCCGCAUCGCAAGGCUUGAAGAGCAUGGAGCAUCUGAUCCGUUACCUCUCCCACCAGCAACAGACUAACCAAGCCUCCUCUCGCCUCGACUGCACCGACCUCACCGACCACACCGUCUCCAAGUUCAAAAAGGUCAUUUCCUUGCUGAACCGGACCGGCCACGCCCGGUUCAGGCGCGGACCGGUCGCGGUUCCGCCACAUCAUCAUAAUCAGUUGACUAACUCAAAUCCCUCCACCUCUUCCUCCUCCGCCUCUCUCCCCUUCCCUCCCUCUCAGUCCCUCAGCCUCGCUCCGGCGCCGGUCGCGAUCAUUCCUCCGGCGCCGGUGAAGGCUCCGGAGGCUAAUUUUGCUCACUCCCUGACGCUGGAUUUCACCCGGCCUAACGUGCUGACGUCAUCGAACCCUAAGUGCACCGACAACAACAUCGAGUUCAGCGUCUCGUCCAGCUCGUCGUUCAUGUCGUCGGCCAUCACCGGCGACAACAGCGUCUCCAACGGCAAGCUCGGCCUGUUCAUGUCUCAGAAUCAGGCCCCUGCCGUCUCCGGCGCCAAGCCUCCGCUCUCCACGGCGGGGCCGUAUAAGAAGCGGUGCCACGAGCACGAUCACUCCGACGACGUCUCCUGCAAGCUCUCCGUGUCCGGAUCCGCUUCCGGGUCGGGCAAGUGCCAUUGCUCCAAGAGAAGGAAAAAUCGGGUGAAGAAAACAAUCCGAGUGCCGGCGAUUAGUUCAAAGAUCGCCGAUAUCCCGCCGGACGAGUACUCCUGGAGGAAGUACGGCCAGAAACCGAUCAAAGGCUCACCUUACCCAAGGGGUUAUUACAAGUGCAGUACAGUGAGGGGGUGUCCGGCGAGGAAACAUGUGGAGCGAGCGCCGGAUGAUCCAGCAAUGCUGAUCGUAACUUACGAAGGGGAGCAUCGGCACGCACCGGAGAAUAUGAGCGGGGGAGUUGGGUUGGUAUUUGAGUCAGCCUGAUAGAGUGGGUGGGAGUAAGAGAGGGUUCUUGCUUUGUUUUGUGCGAGGUUGAAGUAGUUGGGAGGGAGAGGAUGGAUGUAAAUUUCUUCGUUUUUUUUUUUUUUAAUUAGGAUAAUGGGGCAGAAUCUCAUUCUGUCAUUAAUCAAAUUAAAAUUUAAUUUUAUCU